CUUACAUGAUUUUUUCUGAUAUCCCCAAAAUACCCCUCUUAAAUUUUGCAGUAUUUCCUUUCUCUGGUUCCCUCUUCUGUUUCUUCUCCGGUUCACUCUCCUCUCCGAUCUCCUCCCUGCUUAGUCGAACCGCUCUACAGUAUCCGCAGGACUCCGUCUUGUGCGAAUCUAGGACGGUUAAGAACACUUGGCAUCUCUUGAAUAAACUAUGGCUUGCUCUGAAUCUGGCGGAGAAGAAAGGGAACCAACACAAGCCAAUGCUUCUCCGAGGAAGCCACGGAUUCUACUUGCUGCUAGUGGAAGUGUAGCUGCCAUAAAGUUCGGUAACCUCUGCCAUUCUUUUUGUGAAUGGGCUGAAGUAAGAGCCAUUGCCACAAAAGCAUCCUUGCAUUUCAUUGAUAGAGCAGCACUUCCCAAAGAUGUAAUUCUUUACACAGAUGAUGAUGAAUGGUCCAGUUGGAACAAAAUAGGUGAUAGCGUGCUUCAUAUUGAGCUACGCCGUUGGGCUGAUGUCAUGGUUAUUGCCCCAUUGUCAGCAAACACCCUAGCCAAGAUUGCUGGCGGUUUGUGUGACAAUCUACUCACCUGUGUUGUGCGAGCAUGGGACUACAACAAGUCUUUGUUUGUUGCACCAGCCAUGAACACCUUGAUGUGGAAGAAUCCCUUCACAGAGCGACAUCUCAUGUCCAUUGAUGAACUUGGAGUUUCGCUCAUCCCACCUGUCAAGAAGAGGCUGGCUUGUGGGGAUUAUGGGAAUGGUGCAAUGGCUGAGCCUUCUGUGAUCUAUUCUACCGUAAGACUAUUCUAUGAGUCGCGAGUUCAACAAGGUGGCAGUAGUGUUCAGUCUGCUGGAUCGUAAAGUCGCCAUAUUGGGACUUGAUGACAGUAUUUAAUUAGGGUCGGCGUCUGUAAAAUGCUACUUACAUGUGGUUCUUCAGUAUUCAAACUAGCUAACGAAACUGCAACUCUUAUAAUUUAUGUGGAUCGAGGUUUGGCCUGUCAUUGGUUCUACAUCUAAUGAGAAGAUAUUGGAUAUGUGCUGAAUUUUUCUUGUUCUA